AUUUAUAAAUGUCAAUGGGUAUUUAUAAAUGUCCAUGUGUAUUUAUAAAUGUCCAUGGGUAUUUAUAAAUGUCCAUGGGUAUAUAUAAAUGUCCAUGGGUAUUUAUAAAUGUCAGUGGAGGAUGUGUGCUUUUCAGGGUGUGGUUUUGUUACAUUACAAGUGAUAGUCACAUGACUGUUACAUAACCUGCCACAUGGUCACAACAAUGGCUGAAGGCUCAAUAAGUGUGAAUGUUGGAGUGUUGUCUAGUGCCCUGGCUGUUGCAAUUCAGCAAGCAGCUAGCAGUGGACAGUCACAGUCACCUCAAGUCCCUGCCAAUCAAAGUCAGCACACUUCCAGUCAAAGGUCUUACGAUGUUUACAGAAGCCUUAUCGAUUUGACACAAGAGUCUUCCGACGAUAUGUCAGGUAGCGGCACUGACGAUGAGCUUCCCAAAGUGGAGUUUUCUCUUGCACCUCAACGUGAUUUGGAAGAAAGGGGGGUUCGCAAAACAAAUCCAAUUGUAUCCAAGCACGUAGUUCUCCAACAUCAGUUGAGAGUACUAACUGGUGCAGCUGAUGAGGAAGAUUGACAACGGAUAUGUGUACGCCGUAGUCACAUUGUACAAGAUGCAUUGUGUGCUUUCGCCAAACCUUCCUUUCACACCUCAAAGAUGUUGAAGGUGACCUUCAUUGGGGAGAUUUCAGUGGAUGAUGGAGGUCCCAGGCGAGAGCUGUUCAGUGUACUCAUGAGGGAGCUCUUUGACAAGAGUGGCCUUUUCACAGGCUGGCCUGAGAAUGCUGUACCAGUGCACAAUGUUCAUGCCUUAGCUGAAAAUAAGUUCUACAUCACUGGAAAGAUCGUUGCAACCAGCUUAGUACAAGGUGGGCCACCCCCAGUGUGCUUCAGCCGUGCUGUUGCAGACUAUAUUGUGUUUGACGAAGUGAGGAGUUCUCCAGACCUUCAAGAUAUACCUGACUUCGAAGUUCGGCAGAAUCUUGAGAAGAUGCUAACUAUUGUGAAUGUUGAGGAACUCAGGUCAUUCACUGAUGAGCACCUUGAGCUUCGCUUUGAGUGUGGCUACCAGAAACCAACCAGCUCGCUGCAGAUCUCAGAUAAGGAGGAGAUCCUGAAGACAGUGUGGCUCCAUUUUGUGUAUUUCCACCCUCUUGCUGAGCUGCAACAGCUAAGGAAGGGAUUGAGGGAGACCCUCCAGCUGGAAAUUUUGAUGGUCCAAUACCCUGAUGACAUGCAUUCGUUCCUUGCCACCUCAAUUGCGUUUGAUGUUGAUGGUGGUGACCUCUUAGACUGGUUUGUGGCUAGCUACUCGGAAAGAGGAAGCAACAAAAGAAAGUCAGAGGAGGCUGUUUACCUCAUGUGGAGCAACUAUGUCAUGGAUUGCUCUGAUGGUGAUGAAUCAGGUGUGUCGAUUGGUGACAUUCUACAAUUUAUCUCUGGCUCUAGGAGGCUUCCAGCAGCUGGGUUUCCUUGUAUCCCUAGUGUCCACUUCACAAAUGAAAAGAUUCUCCCUAAGACUUCAACAUGUGACGUAAGCAUCACCUUUCCAAGAUCUUUUAACGAGCUGCCAUAUGAGAUGUUUAAGAAAAAAAUGGAUAUGAGCGUUUUGGAUUCUGCUGGUUUUGGUGGUGGUCCGUAGUUAGUAUAUAACAGUUUCAACUUUGACAUUUUAGCUGCUGUAUUACUUCAUUGUGUUCAUUCAUUCAUUCAUCAUCACAUUAUUCAUUCCUUUUUCAUUUAUUUAUUCAUUCUUUCAUUCAUUCUUAUCAUAA